AUGGCGGACGACAAUGCUACUACAGAGGAGGCUCCCAUCACCUUCACCGUGAAGUCCUCCACCGAUGCCAAGUUCACACUUACUCUUCCUCUUUCUACACUUGUCUCGGAGCUCAAGGAGAAGCUCUCUGGCUCUGAAUAUGCCGAUACCCCCGCCGAUCGCCAACGACUGAUCUACUCCGGUCGAGUACUGAAAGAUAACGAGACACUCGAGGCCUACAAGAUCAAGGAUGGCCACACAAUCCACUUGGUCAAGAGUGCUGCCAGCAACCAGCAGCGCUCGAAUGCAACCGCUCCAUCCAGCACCGCUGCAUCAGGGGCAGCCACUACAACCCCAAGCCAGCCCGCUGCUGGUGUCCCCACCAACCUCGCCGCUGGUACUGGCAAUAACCCCCUCGCCGGUCUGACUGGUGCUCGAUAUGCUGGUUUCGCCCAACUUCCCGGGGCUGGCCUCUUUGGCCCCGAUGGUGGAAUGGGCCCUCCCCCAGACAGCGAAGCCAUGUUGAGCAUGCUGGAGAAUCCCCAGAUCCAGUCUCAGAUUAACGAGGCGCUACAAAAUCCCGCGAUGAUCGAUAUGAUGAUUCAACAGAACCCCAUGCUCCGCGACAUGGGUCCUAUGGCACGAGAGCUGAUGCAACGACCUGCAUUCCGGCGUAUGCUGACCGACCCCGCUUCCCUUCGCCAGAUGAUGCAGAUGCAGCGAGCAAUGGGAAUGGGUGGUGGCGGCAUGGGUGGCGGUGAUACAACAGAAUACACAAGCCAAUCCAUUUGGCCAAAUGCCGAACCCAAUGAUGGGGGAAACCCGUUUGCCGCUCUAUUUGGCGGUCAGGGCUUCGGUCAGCCUCCCGCCAGCACUGCCACUCCUGGAACCAACCAGACUGAGGGUACUCAAGGAACCCAGAACACCGCAGCCCGAUCUGCAACUGGAGAGGCUCAGGCUCAGGCUCCCGAAGCUGCUCAGAACCCGUUUGCCUCUCUCCUCAACCCGGCCUUGUUCGGUAAUGCUGGCCAAGGCGGCAUCAACCCAUUCGACCCCCAGCAGAACCCGUUCUUGCGUGAUCCCGCGCUUAUGAACCAGUUGAUGCAGGGCAUGGGGGGACCAGGUGCCGAGGGCGGUGCUGCUGGUGCCAAUCCACUGGCAGGUCUGUUUGGAGGCGGUGGUGGUUUCGGUACUCCACAGCCGCCUGACAACAGGCCCCCAGAGGAGAGAUAUGCUGAUCAGCUUCGGCAAUUGAAUGAUAUGGGUUUCUUCGAGUUUGAGCGAAACAUUGAGGCACUGCGCCGUUCGGGUGGCAGUGUCCAGGGAGCCGUGGAAUACCUCCUUACCCAUGGGUCAUGA